AUGAAGAAGGCCGUCUCCAUAGACUCGCAUUUUCGAGCAUACUCGAGAAAAGUCAUAAUUAACGUUUGGUGUGUGAAGGCGAGCAGGUUGAGAGCCUAUCUCUGGAAUCGCCGGCAUAUCUUCGUUCAUAUCGGAAUCGGAUCCCAUGAGACUGGCAGCUUUGGGUGCACCAGAGCGCAACUGUUGCAGUUGAAGCUUCGCCUGAGCAAGCUGCCUCUCAAGAUCUUGAACUUGCCUUGGAUUAUGUUAGAGAAAAAAAAAACGAAGAUCGAGCGUAGCAGUUAUAAUGGUACCAACUUGAUAGAUGACAUGCGCCGGUUCGUCUCCUUUGUAAAAAGACAUCUGACAUUACGGUUGGAACACUCCGUACAACUUGACGAGUCUGAAGCAUCACACUGUUAA